GCUGAUCCUGGGGGGAUGGGGCCUCUGUCCAGAGGGCUCUCCCAUCGGUGGCGGUGGCCAGAGCCCAGUCGCUGUCCCGCAGGCGUCCAGGCGGGAAUGCAGGUGUCCGUGGCCCCGCUGGUGGAGGUGAUGCGGGGGGAGACAGUCACCCUGGACUGCACCCCUUUGGGGGACCAUAACCCGUUACUGCUGAAAUGGUUCCUGGUCGAACGCUCCGGGGCCCGCCACCUCCUCGCCGAGGCCCAGGUGCAGGGCUCCGAGGUGAAGCCCAGGGUGCACACCUCCCGGGGCCGCAGUCCCCAGUACCAGCUCCAAGGCCAGGGGCACCUGGUGCUGGUGGAGGCCCAGGUGACAGACGAGCAGGACUAUGUGUGCGUGGUGACGGCGGCAGCGGGCACUGCUGAGGCCACCUCAAAGCUCCAGGUAUUUGUAAAGCCAGAGACCACCAAAGUCUUCCCCAACCAAGGGAUACUGUCUGUGAUGGAUGACUCUGCCCAGGAGGUACCGCGGGACGACUUUGAUUCCAGGGUCCUAGGGGAAGGCAGGCUGGGGGCACCUAGAAUCCUGGGUCAGAGCUACAUGACCACCCGCACGGUGCGCGAGACCUCCAACCUGCAGUCUCUCACCAGCACCCUCUACCUGCGGGUGCACAAGGAGGACCGGGAGGCCAGCUUCCACUGCUCCGCGUACUACAGCCUGCCCCGGGCCCAGCACGGCCACCUGGACAGCCCACCCUUCAGCCUCACCCUGCACUACCCCACGGAGCACGUGCAGUUCUGGGUGAGCCCGUCCACCACGGAGGGCUGGGUCCGCGAGGGCGACUCCAUCCAGCUGAUCUGCCAGGGGGACGGCAACCCCACGCCCGAGUACAUGUUCUAUCGCCUGCAGAACACGGAGGAGAGAGUGCUGAGCACGAAUCUUCACGGGAACUUUACCCUGGAGAGCGUGCAGCGGAACCAGAACGGGGUCUACGGCUGCCGGGUGUUAGACUAUGACGCUGCUGAUGAGGUUGAGCUCUCCAAGACGCUGGAGCUGCGCGUGGCCUACCUGGACCCCAUUGAGCUCAACCAAGAGGAGGAGCUUUCCUUACCCCUGGACAGCAACGUAAACAUAACCUGCUCCGUGCAAGGCCUGCCUACCCCUGCUCUACGCUGGACCAAGGACGCAGUCCGCCUGGUGGAUGGCCCCACGCUCUCACUCAGCUCCCUCACCUUCAAUUCUGCUGGCACCUACAUAUGCGAGGCCUAUACGCCCACGGUCCCCCUCCUUAGUCGCACCCGGGUCCUCAAGCUGCUGGUUGAAGGGCCACCCGACCUAAAGCCAGAGGAGAUUCCCCCCCAGGCAGAGGGCAGCAGGAGAGAAGGAGAAGAAGUCAGGCUGACCUGCUCUGCCCGCGGCUACCCGGAGCCCAAGCUCACGUGGAGCGAAAAGGGCGACAGUUCCACAGAGCCGGUCCCCAGCGGGCAGGGCUGGGUGAGCAGCUCCCUGACCCUGAAGUUGACCAACGCCAUGAGCCAACACGGCGUCUUCUGUGAGGCCUCCAACCCGCUCGGGAGCACCCGGCAUGUCUUCCACUUCGGCCCUCUGGCCCCCCAGACCUCGCAGGCCGGAGUAGCUGUCAUGGCGGUGGCCGUCAGCGUAGGCCUCCUGCUCCUCGUCGUCGCUGCCUUCUAUUGCAUGAGACGCAAGGGGCGCCCCGGCUGCUGCCGGAAGGGGGAAAAGGCGGCUCCGCCGCCUGGGGAGCCAGAGCUGAGCCAUUCAGGGUCCCAGCGGCCUGAGCAGACAGGCCUUCUCAUGGGAAGUGCCUCUGGAGGAGCCAGGCGUGUCAGUAGAGCCAUCCCUGAUGAGUGCUAAGCCUGAGGGCCUCCGAGAGGCAGUCAUCGGACACAACCUGGAGUUGCAGGCAUCAGAGAACCAGCCCUGCUCACGCUCUGCCCUCCCCCGCCUUCCCGGCCUGCCCUCUUCCCUCUCCGGCCCUCCCUUCCUUCCUCUGCAGGCUGGGCAGGGACCUACAGACACUGCUGGGAGGGAGGGAGGGUGCGCUCGCUCGUUCGCUCUCUCUCGUGGGUGGGAGGGGACCUUCCUCCAGGGAGUGUGACUCUCCCAGGCCCCAGAAUAGCUUCUGGACCCAAGCCCGGGGCCCGGCCUGGGACGAGGCUCUGAGGGUCGGCUAGCUGAGGCUAUUUUUACCUCCUGCCUCCAUUGCUCGUCCCCCACCUGACGUCCUGCUGUAUAGUCUGACACUGGAUCCCCACCCCUGCUCCGCCCCCUCAUCAUGGACACUGGAGUCUGGAAUAAAUGCUGUCUGUCACCUCGACACCA